AUGGUGAAGUUUUUAAAACCCAACAAAAUCAUGAUCAUCCUCCAAGGUCGAUACGUCAGACGAAAAGCGAUGAUCGUGAAAUCCUUCAAUGGAGGGAUAUGUGAUCGCCCUUAUAGCCACUGUUUGGUUACAAGAAUAAAGAAGUAUCCAAGCAAUGUUAUCCAUAAGGACUCUGCCAAGAAAACAGCUAAGAAAUCACGCGUCAAGUGCUUUAUCAAGCUUGUGAAUUACCAACACCUGAUGCCCACGCGCUAUACCCUUGACGUGGACUUGAAAGACGUGGUUACCAUCAAUGCUCUUCAGACAAAGAACAAGAAAGUGGCUACUUGUAAGGCUACCAGGAAGAGGUUUGAAGAGAGGUUCAAGACUGGAAAGAACAGGUGA